AUGUCCGCUAACGUCAAAACCCUAGAAACUGUUGAAUGCAAAGAUGAUGAGGCCGAAUCAACAUGGCAUUUCGCUGAAGAGGGUGUUGAUCUCGUGAUAAAAGGUCCGGGUGGAGAGGAAGUACACAGUAUGCACGAUAGAACUAGCGAAAAAUACGAGUUUAUGGCUCAAAAAAAAGGUUUAUAUCAUUUUUGCUUCACAAACAAGUCUCCAUAUCACGAGACAGUAGACUUUGAUGUGCAAGUUGGUCAUUUCGCAUACUAUGAUCAACACGCAAAAGACGAGCAUUUCAAGCCGUUAUUUGAUCAAAUAGCGAGAUUGGAAGAAGCGCUUUACAAUAUUCAGUUUGAACAACACUGGUUACAGGCUGAGAAUGAUCGUCAGGCAGUUGUAAAUGAGAAAAUGGGUAGAAGAGCAGUCCACAAAGCACUGAUUGAAUCAGCAGCAUUGAUCGGGGCUAGUGUUCUCCAGGUUUAUCUCCUACAACGUUUGUUUAAACGAAAGCUUGGGACAUCUAGAGUUUGAAAACAUGAAGGUGAUUCGUAACUUGUAUUUGGGUUUAUGUAGGCCAAAUGUAUCUUUUUUAAAUGGCCUUUUAAACAUUAUUUUUUUAUUUGAGUUAUAGCCAUUUUACUUCAUUGCCCCAUUUCUAGUCGGAUUAAAAAGGUUUAGCAUUG